CAUUCUGUGCAGACCACAGAAGAAGGCAAAAAAGACGGAAAAAGAAGAAGCAGAAGAAGAGCAUCACAACAACCAGAAAAAAUUGAGUUCUAGCUACACGAAUGAACAAUUAAGCUAACACGUUGUGCUUAUUUGUUUUGUUUUUUUAACCCCUAGCAGACAAAUUAAUUUAUCCAUAUGUAGAAGCCGCCGUGAAGUUGUCGGCCUUUACAACAAACUGCUGUCGGGGUUUGCAGGCAAGCUGCCUGUAGCUAAGCGACAACAAAGAGACUACAGCUGUACGCCGUAGUCAUACUGUUAGCGUUGGUACCAAAAUCCUUCAUUUUUUCCUUCGUUUUCCGUCAAGUAGUCAGACUGACAUGACGGGGAUGGCUUCUCCAGAGAAGGCGUCAAGCUCAAAAAAGAAGGGCGAGAGAAAGUGUGCCACCAAAGAGGAGUACAGGCAACUGUCCAGCAUCAUGGGAGUCAUGAACAAUUUGAGAAAACAGGGUACUCUCUGUGAUGUGACCCUGGUGGUUCAGGGAAAGCACUUCCCUGCCCACCGAGUGGUGCUUGCUGCUGCCAGCCACUUCUUUAGCCUCAUGUUCACCACCAGAAUGAUGGAGUCAAUGUCCCACGAGGUGGAGCUCAGGAGUGCUGAGCCUGAGAUUAUUGAGCUGCUGAUUGAAUUUAUCUACACUGCAAGAAUCUCAGUGAACAGCAGUAAUGUCCAGUCACUGCUGGAUGCAGCCAAUCAGUAUCAGAUUGAACCUGUGAAGAGGAUGUGUGUGGAGUUCCUUAAAGGACAGAUUGAUGCAACAAACUGCCUAGGCAUUUCAGCCCUUGCAGACUGUAUGGACUGUCCAGAGCUGAAGGUGGCUGCAGAUGAUUUUUUUCAGAUUCACUUCACUGAAGUCUAUAAAUUGGAUGAAUUUCUGCAACUGGAUGUUGCGCAGCUCACACAUCUGCUGCACCAGGACAAACUCACUGUCCGUGCUGAGGCCCAGAUUUAUGAUGCCGCGGUGCGCUGGCUGAAGUAUGAUGUGUGUAACAGAAAGCAGUACAUGGUGGAGGUGUUGGGGUGUGUUCGCUUUCCACUGGUUUCCAAAACAUUCCUCUCCAAGACUGUCCAGGCCGAGCCCCUCAUCCAGGACAAUCCACAGUGCCUCAAGAUGGUCAUCGGUGGGAUGCGUUACCACUUGCUCUCCCUGGAAGACCGUGAAGACCUGGGAGAGAGCAGUCGGCCACGACGCAAGAAGCACGACUACCGCAUUGCUCUGUUUGGUGGCUCACAGCCUCAGUCCUGCCGCUACUUUAACCCGAAGGACUCUAGCUGGACCGACAUCCGCUGCCCCUUUGAAAAGCGCCGUGACGCCACAGCUGUCUUCUGGGACAAUGUGGUUUACAUUUUGGGUGGCUCACAGCUCUUUCCCAUCAAGCGUAUGGACUGCUACAACGUCCUGAAGGACAGCUGGUACUCCAAGCUGGGUCCACCCACACCUCGCGACAGUCUGGCUGCCUGCGCUGCCCAGGGAAAGAUCUAUACAUCUGGGGGAUCAGAAGUAGGCAGCUCAGCCCUGGACCUUUUCGAAUGCUACGACACCAGGACAGAGUCAUGGCAGAUCAAAACAAGUAUGCUGAUGGCGCGCUGCAGCCAUGGAUCCGUGGAGGCCAACGGGCUCAUUUAUGUUUGUGGAGGAACGGUGGGGAACAAUGUCUCUGGCAGAGUGCUCAACAACUGUGAGGUCUACGACCCCAACACGCAACAAUGGAGGGAGUUAUGUGGGAUGAGAGAGGCCAGGAAGAACCACGGACUAGUGGUUGUAAACAACAGGAUAUAUGCUGUUGGAGGGCAGGGAGCAAUAGGUGGACUGGACUCGGUUGAAUACUAUGACAUUGCAACUAACGAGUGGCGUGGCGCUUCACCUAUGCCGUGGCGAGGUGUAACUGUGAAGUGUGCGGCAGUUGGUGAUAUCAUCUAUGUGCUGGCAGGAUUCCAAGGAGUGGGACGCCUUGGACACGCCCUGGAAUACCACACUGAUACUGACAGGUGGGUGACUUGCAACAAGGUGCGAGCGUUUCCUGUCACAAGCUGCCUGAUUUGUGUGGUCGACACCUGCGGAGUCAACGAAGACGAAGACAUGGACCUCAUAGACUCUCAGCCACAUGCUGCAGCCACUGCCUCAUCAUCUUCCUCAGCCUCAUCAUCCUCAUAGCAGUAGAGGUAGUUUAAGUGUACUCGUAUAUUGAGUUGCGAUGCUUGUCAACAGUUCUGACACCCAGUGAACUGAUUUCUGUGGGCUUGUUUUUCAGAAAGGAGCUCAUAGUAAGGGUUAGGCUGUUAAGUGGUUAUGUUCUUUAACCAGUCAGUCCUAAUCCUUUGGGCUGGACACUAGUUUCAUCUAUCCAUUCUCUGGAUAGGUAGUAGGAUUUAAAAUUUGGGAUUUAGAUAUUCAUCUGAAGGCCUGUUAAAAAGCCUGCCAACAACUCUACGGAAAAUACUGCUGCUGUCACACUGUUGACCUGUCUCUACCUACUGCUCAGUGAUUGUUUGCAUCUUAUUGCCCAGACAGGGUCUGUGUUCUGGAUGAGAGAACUGUUGCUUCUAACUUUGGUCUUUGAAUGUUUUAAUUCACAUAUAAACGUAGCUGAAAUACGUGGGGUUAUGUAAGGUCAUUUUUGUUUGAUGUUGCAUGGAUGGAUGGAUCCAGUUGGAUCCAGUAAUUCAUUGGACAAACUGUAACUGUGCCUCUGUACAUAACUCCAGUAUAUUUUGAAUUAGACAAUCAAGAUGAUCAGACUGGCAGCUAUAAUUCAGAGGGGUUUACAUUUUCAUACAUUGGAGCCUUUGAAAAUGGCAGCCUAAGUAAUUAACGUCAAACCUGGAGACCAUCUUUGUAUUCCUGCAUUUGUUUCUUUGACUGCACGCUCCUCUGAGACCAUCAGGAGUUAAGCAACCAAACUCAGCACAGGGGUACAGCAUAGCCCCCUAAACAUAUAUAUGGAUAUCAGAUAUUUUGAUGCCAUCAUGUUACCUACCAACCAUCACCACCCCUUAUUAUUAUACCAUAUAAAAGUAUAUCAAUUUGCCAAAAACACAAAUAGGCCUGUACUGUAUUUUUAAUACUUGAAUGAAAACCCUUUGGACUCACUGGCUGCAUGAAGGGCUUUUACUGAUGCUUUUUCAGGUGUGACAGCAGCAACAAAUGCUAGUUACCGUGGUUCAUUUGCAGCCAAACACACCCAUACUAACAUUAACCUCCAUCAUCUUUGACAGAUGAUGUGGUACGGUUCAUAUCAUGACCUGUUUCUCUCCUUCUCCAUAGUUUUCUCUUCCCAUCAUUCUAGUACAAAUUCAUCCUGGUCUCAUCUGUCCAAAGAUUUAUUUAGACCUGUACAGGCUCUUUUAGAUGUUUUUAGCAUAGUUUUCUUUAGAUUUUCUGAUCUUUUGUUAGCCACAGAAAUAAUUCUGUCAUCGUUUACUUUAGUUGUCUUUUGUGGUCUUUUUGGCCCUUUGGUGCAUUCCUUCUUUUUAAAAAGCCACUCCUAAAGUUUCUGCCAUCUCUCUGAUAGGUGUAUGACUAAUAUAAACAUCUCUUUGGGCCUCAUUAUGUAAAAACCCCCCAAAACAAAACAGUGAAGAAUUAUAAAAUACAAAUGUUGAGACUUUGAGUCAACUUUAGAUAUAAUGACUGUGUCACAUGUCAUAAAAUUGAAAUGGAACAGGGCUCAUCUAGUGAUGAAACUAGAUGAUCGCCAAUUGUCCAAUUACUUUUUGAACCUCUAAAAAAUGGGGGACUGCGCAAAAAAAAAAAAUGCAAUACCAAAACAGUUAAUGCAAACUUUUUGUUAAACCCCCUGAAUUAAACCUGAAGGCUUGAACCUCAGUCACAUCUUGAUUAUUUGAUUUAUGUGGUGGUAGUGGUGUGCAGGAACAAAGGUACAUAAAUUGUGUCUUUAUUCAACAAAUUAUGGACCUAACUGUAAUUUUAAACACUUUUCUUUCUUUUUCAGUGCUCAGAAAAUAGCAUUUGAGGGACUUGUGCAAAUUUUCAAGGGCCAGCGGGAAGUUUUCCCAAAUUAAUCGAAAAAGUUCUUAUGCUUUUUAAUGUUUUUCCUAGUUUAUGUGGUUUACUCUGUUUGCUUAUCUUUUUAUCACUUCGGUAGUUUGGCUGCUUACAGGAAGGUCCUGUCAAUUCAAACCCAGGACCUUCUUGCUGUGAGGGGACAGUGCUAACAAUUGAACUGCUGUGUGAGCAUUUCAUUUUGUAUAUUCACGUCAUUUUCUUGUUACGAUGUAACUUUUUUGCUGUUUGAAUUUAAUGUGUGUAAAUCAGUUUGUGAAAGAAAAACCAGUCAAAUACUGGCUGGGUUUAUAUUUUAUUUUAUUUUAUUUGGUCCUUAUACAAAACACUGUAAAAUUAGAAUUUUUAUGGGCUGUAAAAUAUUCUGUGUCAAAGUGUAGAUACAGCAUCUGUAAGUAUUUAACUCUUGGCUGUGUGCUGAUUUAACACUGGUGUAGCAUCUUACUGUUCAGUAGCUUUGUGUUGUGCCUUUAAAGAGAAAGCGUUAACAUUGUAUUCUUAGCUAUAAGCAGUUGCAAUUAAAACACAUAGUGUGAUGGUUUAAAAACACGUUUCCAUUCCUUUUCAAAUACAAAUAUGAUUAAAAAUAUAAGAGCACCAAGUUAGUGAAACAUAAGGCAGCUGCAAUGAAAUGAAGAAAAUGUAAGAUUUUAUAAAAUGCUCCAGACUUUUUCAUUAGCUGCCAUACAACUUUCUGCUCAUGUUACUGACGAAAACUAGGAUCUCUGUGACUGUUUAAAUGUUGUGCUCGAAUAUGUAAAUAAAACUGGGAAGCUGGAAA